GCGAACACACACACACGACUGAUGUUUGUUGUCGUUUUUAUCUAUGCAAAAAUUUUAUUUUUCUUUGUUGAAAUAUCAAAAAGUCAUCACUAACACAUUGUGUGUUGUUUGAAUAAAAUGUCUACCGAUACAAAUUUGAAUCCCAAUUUGGCUGAAUCGAUACCGAAUAAAUUCAAUGAAUUAUUACGUCAAGUAAUCAGUAUGGAUUUUGAUUCAUCAUUAUUAUCAAUGAUGAAUAAUGAAAAACUUUAUGACUAUAUACAGCGUAUAAAACAAUUGAAAUUGGAUACCGAUCAAUUAUGGUCAACCAUUCAUUUGAAUAAUUUUCCACCACCAUUACGACAAUCAUAUGUAAUGCCAUUGAUACGAUUAACAGCAAAUAUUGAACGUGUUUCAAUUAAUUUGCAAAUUUUUUAUGAAAAACAACAACAACAGCAGCAACAACAACAAAAAGACAAAGAAAAUCAUGAACAACAACAACAACAAUCACCAUUAUUAAUCAAUCAUGAAUUGAAUACAACAACACGACAGUCAAUCGUACAAUUUCGUUCACAAUCACAGCCAUAUCGAUCUGGUAAUAGUAGCCAUAGUUUAUUGGCCGAUUAUACGGUUACAUUAUGGGAUCUGGAACAAACAAUGCCAACAACACCGUUGAUUAUUGAAGAAGAACGUGACACAUCAACAACGAUUACGAUUGUUGAUGAAAAUCCAAUAAAAUUCAAUGUGGAUACAAUAACAACGACAAGUGGUGGCAGUAACAACAGCCGCAUUCGUAAUGUUGAUGGUGAUGGUGAUGGUGAUGAUGAUGAUGAAAUUAAUAUCGAUGAUGAUGAUGAUGGUGAUGAAAAUUUUUCUGCAUCCAUUUGUUCAACGCCAUAUUUUCAUCGUCGUAUGAAUAAUAAUGAUGAUGAUGAUUCAAAUGAAACAGAAACAUUAAGCAUAUAUGAUACUAGUUCAUUUAAUAAUUCAUAUCAUACAUUUUCAACAGUGACAAUCAAUGAUGUUGAUGAUGAUACAUUCACCGGUAAUGAUGAUGAGAAUAAUUCAAUUCAACUAAUGAUGGCUUCAAAUAACGAUCGACAAGAAUGUAAACAACAACAACAACAACAAACAUCAUCAUUAGCUAAUCAAUCUAUCGAUAUGAUGAAUACUAGUAAAGAACAAAAUCAGAAUAAUUCUGAAUUAGAUUCUGGUAUCAUAAAAAAUAGUACACAAUCACCAUUGUUGAAAAAUAAUAAUGAUGACAUGGCAAAAUGUUCAACAACAUCUGAUGCAGAAAUUGAUCAUGAACAAAAAUAUCACAUUAUUGAACGUAAUGAACGUAUUCAACGGAAACAUUUUGCCGAUAUUGAUUAUAUACGUUGUAUAAAAUUAUUUAUUAAAAAUAUACGACCAAAUAUUGAUCAUUUAUCCAAUGAAUCAUUUCGUAUGGCCAAACAAUAUCGAUUGAUUUUAUUUAUAUCACUUAUGUAA